UGUGUAGUACAGGUGGUUAGCAGUGCUGGGUUCAUUGUGAACAGUGUUUCUGUUUUUUUAAUCUUGCUAAUCCUGCUGUCCUCAAUCUGUCCCGGAGGACAGCAGCCCGGUCACUGUGUGGCUGGAGGACAAACACACGUCGUCCCACCGACCGGCUCCGUUUAUUUACUGGAAAGCCAUAGAAGUUCGUUGAUCCUGCGAGGACGACGCGCUGCUCGGAUAAAAAUCCCGAAGGAAGGUUUUGUUUGUUUGUUUGUUUGUUUUAAAGAGAGCCGCGAUGAGCGCCGCGGAGCCCUCAGACUCAGACUCCAGCAGAUUGGAGUGUGUGAUCCAGAGACUGGAGGAAAGUGUUCUGUCUGAGGAGAAGAGGUUGACAGUCCGAGGACCUUCGCCGGAUGCCACCCCUACAUGUCUGCCAGCGCGAGUACGAGAGAUUGUCACAAAGAACCUCGGUGACGGCUCAGGAGCCAUGUCCUCGGUCAUGUCACUCCAGGAGGAGAACCGUGUGCUGCAGGGAGAGCUGGUGAGGCUCGAGGACCUGCUGGCGCACAGCAGAGCGGAUCGAGAUGAGCUCGCCAUCAAGUACGGUGCCAUCAGCGAGAGGCUGGAGCAGGCACUGUGCUUUGAUUCAGGAGACGCGGACCAUUAUUCAUCAGAGUCGCGCAGCCUGGCACAACAGAAUGUGGAUUUGCGCCGUCGUCUGGACGAGGAACAAGCAGCUUACAAGCGUAAGCUCACUGCCUACCAGGAGGGUCAGCAGAGGCAGGCGCAGCUCGUACAGAAGUUACAAGCCAAGUUGCUUCAAUACAAAAAGAAAUGUGGCGAUCUGGAGCAGGUACUGCAGGAGAGGACCGAAGAGCUGGACAAACACAGGCUGAGUUGUCACUGUGAAAAAACAAACGGUCACCAUCAAGAUGAACCCAGCAGCAACCUGGAAGACGCCUUAAUUCGCCUGGAGGAAGAACAACAGAGGAGCAGCAGCUUGUCUGCCGUGAAUGCCAUGCUGAGAGAGCAGCUGGAGCAGGCCGGUUUGGCCAAUGAGGCUCUCAGCCAGGACAUCCGCAGGCUCACCUCUGAUUGGACAAAAGCCAGGGAGGAGCUGGAUCAAAAGGAGUCUGACUGGAGGAAAGAAGAGGAGUCCUUCCACAGUUACUUCAGCAGUGAACACAGUCGACUGCUGAUGCUUUGGCGGCAAGUCGUCGGCUUCCGCAGGCAUGUGUGUGACCUGAAGAGCGCCACCGAAAGGGACUUGUCAAACAUGCGUAACGAGCUGGCCUGGGUGUCCCACUCUGCUCAGGUGUCCUGUUCAGGUCUGUCUGCCGCCCUGCACAGCCGGGAGGGAGGAGCAGCUCUGAGCCUGGAGCGAGAGAAAACUCUGAGGGUUCAAGUGGAGCAGCAGCUGAAAGAGCGCGUGAAGGACAUGAUGAAUCUGCAGAGCAGAACGGAUGCAGAGAGAAGUGAACUCAGUGCCAGAUUGUUAGAAUCAGUGCGAGAGGGUGAGAAGCUUAAGAACCAAAUUGAAGAAAAAGACAAAGAGAUUGUCAUACUGACAAGAAGGCUUGAGGAGCAUGCUGAUAGUGAUGAGACAGACAUGCAGGCGAUGAGAUCGCAGACUGAGACGCUCAUUGACACUCUGAGGGAAAUCGCUCAGUCCAUUUUGUCAGAUGGAGAGUCGUCAUCGGAAGCAGACCAAGACAACUCUGGGGCUCCACUGUUGGCUUUGAUCCAUGGCCCCUCUCAUCGCUGCUCCUCAACUCCUAGGAGGCCUUCCUCCCCUUCUCGGCUCUCCACUCCGGUUCGUGUCCCAGAAGCGGCUCUGGCCUCUCUGCGCUCUGCGGUCACAAACAGACAGCUACAGCUGCAGGACACUCGUGGGCGUUUGUUGUCUGCUCAGACUUCAGUGCAGCAGUUACGCCGCCAGCUGUUGGAGACUGAAUCUGCAAAGAGAGAUGUAGAACAGCGAAACCAAACACUGCAGAGAGACAAAGAUGCAGCACAGAGAGAGAGAGAAACAGCACAGAGAGAACGGGAUCGUCUGAAACAGGAGCGAGACACACUGUGCAGUGAAAAAGUGAGCUUGGCAAAAAGUGUGCAGGCGGCACAGAGUAGCAGCCAAAUGCUUCAGAUGGACUGCGAGAAGCUUGAGGCGGCUGUAGUGUCCAUGCAGCGAGAGCGAGACCACGAGAGGGAGGCGAAGGAGCUCGCUAUUCAGGAGAGAGACCGGGCAAAGGCAGAGACUCAGAGGAUACAGAAGCAGUGGGAUCAGAGCGAGAGUCGAGCUUCUGCUCAGCGUGCAGAGUUGUCUGUAGUGAAGGAGACUCACCAGCAGGGGGAGGUUCAGAGGCAGUUGCUCGAGGAAGCAAAGUCCCAAAUAUCUGAAGCACUAGCCCGGGCUGAGGGUCGUAACGCAGAGCUUUCCCUGCUGGUUAACAAGCUCCAGUCUGAGGAAGCUGCUCUGAGGGACUCUCUGGCCAAGAUGGGCAGCAUGAACGAGAGUCUCGCCCAAGACAACCUCCUAUUUAAUUCUCAUACUCAGCUGGAGGAAGAGAAAGUCCUUCUGCAGGCUCAGAAACGGGAGGCAGAACAAGAGAAACUGACCAUAAGGGAUGAACUGGUCCGCCUGGAGCAGGAGAGGUUGGAGCUCGACUCGACUCGCGUCGCACUGCACCAGUCCCUGCAGGAUGCAGAGUUAAACCAUGUUGGGAUGGAGACAGAGCUGCAAAAUCUGAGGACAGAGAGGCUUAAGAUGCAGGAGAAAGUCACUCAGCUUUGUGGCGAGGUGACCUCAUUGGGAUCUGAGUUAGGUCUUGCCCAAGGAGAGGCCCAGCGUAACGAAGUGGCAUUGGAAGAGGCUGGCCGUGGUCGAGCAGACCUGGCUAGAGACAAAGCAGCACUGGUGGUCCAGCUGGCGGCGUCCGAGAGAGAGAACGCCACGCUGUCAGAGGAAGUAGCAGCCUUAAGGACAGAGCAGGAGUCCCUGGAAACUAGUCUGUUUGAGGUGCAGCAGCAGCUUGUUCAGGUGGAGUCUCGCAGGGAGCAGCUGGAAACUGAGAGUCAGAACCUUCGAGUCCACUGUGAAACUCUAACCAUUGAAGUGAAGCGUGUGCGCUCAUAUGGGGAGAAUGUGCUGGCCCAGGCUGAGAGGGAGAAACAGGCUCUGAGUCAGACUCUAAAUGCUGCCCAGCUGGAGGCCCAGCAGGCUUUACGCAACGCCAGCGCUGAACACCGCGAUGAGCUGGAGAGACUCGUCUUAGAAAAGGAAACAGUGCGUCGCAGCCUGCUGGCAGAGCAUGAGAACGCGCUGCGGAAGCUCCAACAGGAGAAUGAAGAGCAGCUCCUCAGAGCACAGAGAGAAAGGGAGGAGCUGCAGGAUGAACUGAGGAGUCUCCAGCACAGCAGAGAUCAGAGUCUGCUGCAGGCUGAGACGGAGAAACAACAGGCCCUUUCUCUGAAGGAGGCAGAGAAAACUGUUUUGUCUGACAGGGUGUCCAUCCUGCAGGCUGAGCUGUCAGCUGCAGUGCUGGAAGCUGAGCGGAUGACAAGAGAAGCAGCUCAGUGCAGGGAGCAGGAGCAGAUUAGAGUUGCGGCUCUGACUAGUGAGCUGCAGGAGCUUCGUGGUCAGCUGGAAGAUUCGGCUUCUGUUCACGGGCGGGAGUUGCAGAGUCUGCGUGAAACUUGCACCAACAUUCAGUCACGUGCUGAUGCUGCUCUCAAAGAGCUGGAACAGUGCAGAGCCUCUCUCUCAGCUGCCGAAGAGAGUCGAGACCAGCUGAGAUGGGAUGUAGUGGAGCUUGAGCGACAGCACUGCCAAACUCAAGAUGCAGCAGAAAAGUACAGAAGAGAAGGGGUGGAGCUACGGCGCAGCCUUGGUGAUGUCACCAAGGAGAGAGACACUCUCAGCCAAUCAAAUGCUCACCUAAGGGAAACUGUCAGGAGUGCAGAAACGGAGAGAAUUAGCAUCAAACGUCAGUGUGAAGAAAAGGAGCAGAGGCUGGCUGUGCUGGAGGAGAACUUUGCACUGAAUCAGAAGGAGGCGAGCGAGCUGCGAAGUUGCCUCAGGGAAGUUGAAAGGUCAAGACUCGAAGCUCGAAGAGAACUCCAGGAGCUCCGCAGACAGCUGAAGGUUCUUGAUGGAGAGAAGGAACAAAGAGGGAGGGAGGUGUUAGAGCUUCAAACCCGCCUGUCGCUAGAGGAGCAAAGAGAGGAGGAGAGGGCAAAAGAGGUUUUUGCCCUCAAACAGAAGUUAACUGAGGCUGAAAUGAUGAGAAGCUCCAUCAAGAAAGAGCUUGUCCUGAUUCAGAAGCGCCUAGUGGAAUCAGAGGCAAUCUGGCAGGCCUGUGAAAGAGAACUGACCGCUCAGGUGCAGGAGGCACGUGGCUGCGAGAAGAAGCUGCAGGACGAAGCCAAGAACCUGGCGCUGCGUGCUCAGGUUGCCCAGGAUGCCGCGGCUCAGUCCAGCCUACAGCUGAGCGAGGCCCAGGGCCGCCUGGUGGCCACAGAGGCGGAGCUGACCCGAGCCGAGGCCGGGAGGAGGGACCUGGAGUUUCGUCUGAGCAACCUUCAGUCUGCUCUCACGCGUAUGCUGGGCAUUUCAGCUGGGGGUAGAGGAGUUCGGGGGAGAAGCCCAGGGGGUGGUUCUCCAUCUCCUAGCAACAUCUCUCGCCACCACAGCAUCUCACCUUUACGCUGCUCACUGUUACCUGCCAAAGAAUUCAGAGUAAGCACUCCUGAUAACACUCUAGGCUCUGGAGCUGUAUCUCCUGAGAGAGGGGACACCCCGCCUCCUCUCCCUCAGACAGACCUGGACCCUGACACACUCCGAAGCGGUCUUCGAGACUUCCUUCAAGAGCUGCGAGAUGCACAGAGAAACCGUGACGAUGCCCGAUGUAAGCUGAGGGAUCUGCAGAGGGAAGUAGAGGAGCUGAGAGGGGAACGGGAAUCUUCUCGGAGUCAGCUUGCUCAGCUGCAAAACACCUUGCAGGAAUUUCAAGAAGAGAAGCGCGGCAUGGACGAGCGUCUGUCCAACAUGCAGAUUCUCCUGCAGCAGCAAGAGGAGGUUGUGAGGCGAGGGGAGAGGGAGAGGAGAGCCCUGGCUGACAGAGUGAAGGAUUUAGAGCGAUCCCUGCAGGUUGCUGAGACGGAUAAGAAACACGUACAGGAUCAGUUAAAUAAGCAUCGUGCUGCUGAAAUCCGUCUGGAUGCAGAGAAGAGGCGUCUGCGAGAAGCUCUGGAUGCAGCUGAGACGCGGGCUACCAGGGUGGAUGUAGGGAGACGCAGUUUGGAAGGAGAGCUGCAGAGACUCAAAAUGAUCCAGGGAGAUAGGGAGGCUGAGAACCAUGCAUCUCAGGAACGCUGUGACUCCCUGCUCAAACAGGUAGCAGAUGGAGAAGCUUGCGUGGCUUCACUCCAGAGAGAAGUGGACAGGCUGAGCCAGGAUCUGCUCAAAGCACAGGACAGAGAAUGUUUACUCAAAGAGAAGACUGCGGCGCUGAACCAGCGACUGCAGGAGGCCACCGCUGCUCACUGUACCACCCAGAGCAGCCUGGCUGCUCUGCAGAAGAUGCUGGGCAUCAACGAACAGGACAAAAAACAUCUACAGGAUCAAAUGGAUGAAGCUCGCACCUCAUUAGCCGAGGGGAAGCGAAAUAUGGCCGCCCUCACAGAGCAUGUGGAAAACCUGCAGACUGAGUUGAACCAGAGCAAAUGGAGAAAAGAGGAGCUGGAAGCUGAGCUCACCAACACUCAAGAGGCUUUGCGUCAACGCUUGACCAGUCUCAUAGAGGCUCAGCGCAGCAUCCAGUCGGCGCAGACAGAGCGCACAAGUGUGGAGGAGCGACUGCGCGCUCUGCAAAGAGCAGUGGCAGUGCUGGAGACCGAGAAAAAAGAUGCAGAGAGGCAGAUCGUAAUGCUGGAGAAGGACAAAAAUGCUCUGAGGAACACUCUGGACAAGGUGGAGCGUCAGAAGCUGAAGACUGAGGAAAGCAGCAUGCGUCUGUCUGCAGAGAAAAGCCGUCUGGAUCGUUCUCUCAACACAGCCGAACAAGAGCUGCAGGAAGCACAGCAACAGAUACUUCUGCUGCAGACACAGCUGGCUGACACGGAGCAGUCUCACAGUCUGUGUGAGGACUUGGCGAGGCAGCGUGAUGAGGCCCAGCAGGAGGUGGAGCGGCUGAGGAUCAGCUUCAGGGAAAUGGAGAGAACUCUGGGAACCAGAGAGCGAGCUCACCGCCACAGAGUGAAAGGCCUGGAGGAGCAGGUGUCCACCCUGAAGGAGCAGCUGCAGCAGGAGAUGAAGCGACGGCAGCCUUUCUUUCCGUCCUCCUCACUGUCUGGAGGAAAUUCAGUUAAAAACCAAGCAGCAGAUUGAAAGGUGCACCAGCACGUCGCCUUCAAAUCCAGUGAAAAUACACUCAGGAUGAAAGAUGGCAAUAUGUACAAAAAAAAAAAAGUAUUAUUUUUUUUUUAAUCCUAAAAUUUUCACUCUACUGUUACACAUAGGAUUUUUUUUAUUCCUGGUGGUCAUCUGAACUCCAUCAUUGCUCAGCAUCUUCCCAAACCUCCUGGUCUUAUUCAAGAAGGAACCCAAAUUUCUGCAGGAUUCUCCUCCAGACAGGAUUUAGAGCAGGAACGAAAAUCUCUGCUCUGCCAGUUUGCACUUGGCCUUGAUUCCUUUACAUUCAUAUUAACAUUUGGGGACACAAAAGAAAGUCGUCAUUGUGUGCCAGUGCUGGGAAACAAACAAACUGACUGCAAUGAAGGAGCCAUACUGGAUUGGGUCCCGGCGGGGGGGCACAGAUUUCAUUCAUUAUGAGAGGACACUGUGUAAAAGCACAUUUAUGACUUUGGUUAUUUGAAGGCUGAUAUAUCAUCACAGAUAAUAAGCUAGAAAAGCACUCAAUUGAGAACAUAUUUAUACCAACACUUCUUUUCAUGUGAAACAAGCAGUCAUAUAGUUUUUUUUAAUAUUAUAUAUAGGUUUUUUGUUUUUUUGGAUGUCAUAAUAGGUCAGUUAGUUAAGAGUAGUUCAAUAGAGUCACAGGCACCUGGCAACUCUGAGACGUGUUCAGGUGAGCUAGAGGAUGAAUGAAGAGAGGGAGCAGCGUUAACACGAACAAAGCAGUAAAUCAGAGAAAUUAAAUAUUGGUUUGUGAUUGUUUCACAGUAGUUACAUUCUAAAGUAUAUAUAAAUAUGGCCACAACUCUACAGAAAGAAUUUUGUAUAAAUGUAGCUGGAGCGCACAGGUGUUCUUCCUGUUCGCUCUCUGUGGUUCAGCCACACCAUUGGUCAGAAACUCACUCCCCCGAAGCUGGCUGUGGGGCAUUUUGGAAAAGCGCUGGUUCCAUGCAAUGAAUGCACGGGCACUGUGAGCACAGGUAGGCAGACAGAUCAUCCAAUCAUUUCACAGGUCUGCCACUGCCAAGUAUUAUACUUUUUUUCUUUUUUCUAUUUAGUGAGAGCAUUUGAUUUAAUUGCUGUUGGGCACUAAAGAGAAAUUUGCGUGCUCUGCCUUUAAUUAUAUAUUUAUAGGUGUGCUACUCCAAUUUUCUGACAAUAGAUGUUAGUUCUGUUUGCAAUACCAAAACAAAACUUCCCUCCUCAGCCAUUCCUCCCCAACCCUCCUCUGUAUUGAGCAAAAGUUAACGGCAGGUGGAGCCUUUUAGCAGCUCUUUGUAUGGGGAAAAACCAAACUUCUGUGGAUUGUAGUUCAACCAUGUUCUUGGUCAGAGGCAUUUUUUGGGCUCCAAAUGUGAUUUUUGGACAUUUCUGGAAAGUCACUGUCAUCCACCAUAUUAAAAAAGAAAAAUUCAAUGUGAGUAGUGAGCAGUGAAUACUGCUGUGUACUUAGAAACUUAAGACAUGGGCAAGUUUCAUAGGGCAGAAUUUACGGCCAGACCAAAAAUGUAAAUGGGACUGAAAAGCUCAGAGCACAGAGGGAGUGUAGCUUCAUUCUCUGCACAGGAUGCCCUUAAGAUACUAAACCUUUACACAGAAAAUAGUUGUUGGCCAUAACAUUAAUGUGUAAAAUGUCCGUUUUGGACACCUUAAAGGUGAGGCUCAACACUUCUGUCACAUUUGAUUCAUUAUCAUUUCAGGAAUCCUGUCAAUAAAUGUCUCAAAAUGGACACUGUAAUCAGCAAAUGCGCACACACGUGUAUCUGAGGUUAAAAAGCUGGAAUGGAAUGAAAUUUUGACUGGUAUCUUUGUGUUAAAAAUGUCCAUCUGAAUGGAAAUCUGCAAAUUUCAGCAACUUUAUUGAAGUUUGACUUUAUUAGCCUAAUACGUUUAGCGUGCCGAUUUUUAGAACUAUGUAAAAUGUCUCUACGUGGUACUUUGUGGUGACAAAGCCAAAAGGUGAAACAGACUUUUUUUUGUCUCUGAUCCAAUCUGCUGAAGUACACUGCCAACAUGGUUUAAUCCAGAUUAUUUUUUUAUCCCAACCAAAAUCAAUAUAAACUAAUCAUUUAAAGGUGCUUUAUUUUAAACACAGUCAUACAAAACCAAAUGCACCCUUUUAAUCCUUUUGACACUGAUUUAUGGAAGGAAAUGAACACUUGACUUUUUCAUCCAUGCAUACAGUUUGAGCGCACAGAAAUCGUACAGUGGGUUGUGUUGAAUGUAUUCAUACAUUUAAUUGGUCUUGUCUUGUUUUUACAUCAUAUAUACUGAGUAACAAACGUUAAGAAAUUGAUGAUACGUUCCUGUUUUAAACAUAUUUGAUUCUGUGGAUGUUUAAGUGUAUAAUUGUCACACCAUUUGCAUUUUUCUUUAAAAUUUUUCAUUUUAGGUCAUUUUGAAAUCAGAAUUUUUGUAUUUAUGUUUAAAACUCAUGUAUCCUUUUUCCCAAUUUUUGAAAUUAUACCAUAUUCUAGCAACUCACAUCAUUAAUUUUUUGUGCUUCUAUAAUGUUUAACUCACCUCGGUUCUUGUGAAAUCUCUGAUGUAGUCCCAUUAUGAAGCCAGUCUGUGUCUCAUCUACAUGUUUGCCUUUGUGGAUUUUUUUUCUUAAAUCCGAGUCUUGUCCUUCGAGCAGCAACUUGGUUGCUGCUAACUUGGCUAUUUUUAAGAUUGAGUUACUUUAGUUACUUUGCUGAGUGCUCAGUCUUAAAAAUAACCAAGUUAGAUUACUAGUUACUUUAUUAGUUACAUUCAGCAGCUGCCGACAAGUUGUCCACAGCUGCUACUGAAGUAACUAUAUAAAAUAACUGUAUAAACUAACUUUUCAAAGUAACUGUGGCAACACUGCUCAAAAUAUAUGAUACAAAUUCUGAGCCAAGAAUUGUCAUAGGAUUUUUUUGUUUGUUUUUUGUUUUUUGAAGUUUGGUCUACAUUAUUGUGCAAAGAUCUUUGGCUAAAAAAAAAUGCCACAAAGCAAAGCUCCUGCAAAAAUAUCAAAGUUUCUAAAUCUAAAAUAAUUAACAAUAAUCAACUUGAAAAUAACAUUUUGGUUGAACUAUUCAACGGUUUCCUAAAAAAGAUGAUUAGUUUUAUGAUUGAUUUGCUGAUGAUGGUAGACUCACGUCUGUAAGUCUUCAGAGGAAUCAAGUUUUCUUAAUCUGAAGAGGUCUGUUACAUUUGUUAAUGUACUACAUUAUUUAAUAAAUGUAGACGGAGUUCUCGAACAUUUAAUUUUUUUUAAUUAACAUUUGGAAAUUUAAAAUUUGGUCUUUUACUUUUUAAUGACGUACCAAUGAAGAGAAAACCAUGAAAAGAAACACAAGGGUGCUUAAGACUUGAACAGUAUUGUGUAUCACAUUAAUAAUUACUUUCCUUACAGAGCAUUAUUUGAAGAAAAAAAAAUGUAAAUUAAUAAAAACCUUCAGAUAUAAACAGUCAACCCUUUGGUUUUAUUCUGAAGCACAUUCAGGAAGUGAUGAGUGAGUACAAGUAGAAAAAGGAAUCUUAAAUGUUGAAAUCAUGCUGCAUUCAAUGUUCCUGGAAAUGGGACGUCAGACGUCAAAAUUACAUGUUUUUUUGUUUGUUUUUUUCCCUCUACGCAUUAUGCAAAAUCCUGACGUCGUUCUGGUUUGCUUUGUUGCUUUUGUACAAAGAAUCCACUUGACCUAAGAAACAAUCUGUUUUUAAGAUCAAAAGUAAGAUUUAUAGCAUGCUUUCUUGAAACAAAAAAGACAAAUCUGUGAUUAUUAUCUAACAUAAUUCAGGGGAUAACAUGAAAUCCAGAAAUUACAAUUUAGAAUCAUUUCCUACAUUAUUUAAAUCCAGUUCCUUUUGCUCCCCCAAGUGGCAUAUGGAAAUUCCGAGUUUUCGCUUGCAAACAAAUGCAGCAUAAUUUCGACAGCUGCAUUUAUCUCUCCUCCAAAAUGUCAUGGUUUCACUUCCAGGUCAGCCCGAACCUUCUCACCAUAUAUUGUGAUAAUUGGUUCAUUAGUUUUUGAGUCACUCUGCUAACAAUCAGACAGACCCAGGAGAAACCAGCACCUCGGAGGUGGAGGAAAUGACAGCAGUAUGGAGACUACAAAUGGAACCCAUAUGUCUGCAAGG